AUGUCAUUGAGAACCUUAGGAUUAAACUCUACGUUGAGUCGUUUUUUCGCCAAAUCAAACGAUUUGACCAAAUCAGUUCAAACUAUACUUGAUUUCAAAAAAAAUCCACAAGAGUCGUUUAGUAAUAUAAUGACCCGAUGUGACCAGGAAAUGGGAGGAUACUCUACGGUUAAUUUUGAUUACGACGAACUGCGGAAAAUGGGCCAUUUCCAUGGAUACUUGAAUUUAGAUUUGCCAAAGAAUAAUCCAGAAAUUACUCGUUCAGGCUACGCCAUGUUUAGAACCAAAGACCAAAAAGAAUCCUGGCUUUCGGGAAACGUGUUUUGGGAUUGGUCAAAUUUCCAAUCUUUGGUUUUAAGGGUUCGUGGUGAUCGUCGUAAGUACUUGGUCAAUAUUCAGGCCAAUACUCCUUUGGUCACUGAUUUAUUCCAACAUCGUUUGUUUUUAAACCAUCCAGGAGAGUGGGAAACGGUGGUUAUUCCAUUGAAUGAUUUUGUCAUGACUAAUUGGGGGGUUAUUCAAGAUGGCUCGGAAAUUAAUAAACUGGAAGUUAAAACUGUUGGAAUUGGGUUAUUAGAUAAACAAUACGGUCCUUAUUCUCUUGAUGUUGACUGGAUCAAGGUGAUGACCGGCGCAGAAGUAGAGAAGGUUGCCGAUAAAUCAAGACACGAGAGGUUAUCCAUCCUGUCUUCCUCUGAAAAUGAAAAUAAUUCCGGGGUAGAAAGUGAUAUUCCAAUUGGUAAUGGUGGCUCUGCCUUGAACACCACCAAACAUCAAGAGCCAAAAGAUACCGUUUUUUAA